AUGAUUUCUAGUUCGACGCGUUACGAAUACAAUAAGCUGACUAAUGAAGAGACAGACGAUAUCGGUUCAUUCCUACAGGUUUCACAUCCAGAACAAGUACGCAAGAAGUACUUCUACGAUAUGAGUUUCAAAGAUCAUCGAGAUGCUUACUUGUCACAAGUAGUUUUCGCGAAUACGGUAAUGUUUGGCACUGCCUUCACGGAGAAAGGAGCCAAGGUCUAUCUCAUGGAGUUCGACCAUGAACCACUACCGCUUCAUUCUUCUGACAUGCCGUUUUUCAUCGGAUUGCAUAUGAGAAACUUUACAGCUGACGAGCACCUCAUUGACCAGUUCUAUGCAAAAAGUUUCAUAAAUUUCAUUUAUGGGCGGGAAGCGACACUCGUUAUGGGCGGAAGCCUCGCAAGGUUGGCCUUUUCUCUCAGUUUCCUUCCAUAUGUCCUUUUUGGAUACCCUUCAUUUACAGACUGGUUGCCCUUCGAUCCAAGGAAGCGAAAUUACUACUCUGUCGAAGCGAACCUCAACAGGAGGAUAUUCCCACGGAAUAAAAUGGGCUAUCAUUCCGAAGUUGUGGAUUACUGGCUACAUAACAUGACUCAGUUCGAUAAAAGCCUUUCUGAAAUGGCUAAUACUCAACUGCGUUACGAGCAAGUGGACGUCACUCCGGGUCACUCUAUCCUUCGCUCUGUUUUGUCCGCUCUGCUGUUCGGACUCGCCAUGACACUUGGGUUCCUCAUUCUUAUGGCUGUCUGGGCAGCGCUUUCCCCUCAGGAUCCGCCGAAUCACGAGAAAGUGCCUUUGGUACAUCGGAAAGAAACACAGAUCAACCGCAAGAACACCAUGAUCGUAUCGUCGUUAAAGACAGGUUGA